AUGCCACCUCAAAAGCGCACGAAGACCGGCAAACCCGCACGGCAGGCUGUGCUGAGCGGCCGAGUCACUCGACCACGCAAGUCUGCCAUUACAAGCCACCAGAAGUCAAACCCAGUAGAAACUUCGCAUAGCGAGGAUGCGAUUUCGGGAGAGAGCGAUCGCCAGAAUGACCUUCCGCCGGUCCAGGGCAAGCCACCGGCGUGGGCAGAGUGCCGUCCUGACCUGUGCGACGCCCUCCCCUGGUUUCGCUCCGCCCAGGGAGGCUACUACUACAACGGAAGUCUGUGCUACGGCUGUCUGGUGGAUGCGGACUCGGGGAUCCGGGCCUACAUCGAUGACGAAGUUGUCGUAACUCGAAUUGGCGGUGGGUGCACCAAAGACGCAGAGGGCAAUCUCGUGCUGCUCAAAGAUCAAGAUACUGAUAGCGCGACCUUAAGCAGCGUGAUGAACAGCUGGCGGAUGCAGAACCCCGUCGGACUCAUUAUUGGAGAUCGAAACAAGCAAUUGAACAGGAAGCUCCCCCACCGGUACAACGUGAUGGCCUACUUCCGCAUCGCAGACGUCUGGUACGAGCAGAUAGGCACGAAGAAAGGCGCCAAAGUGCGCUUCGAGAAGCUGGAUCUCGCCGCGACAAGCUGGUGGGCGGCCCCAGGCACAACACCGUUGCCCGUGGAGCAACGGGAUUUCACACUCGGCCCAGCCACGAAACGCUGCGCAAGCUGUGACCGCGAGAGCAAGCAGGUAUACAACGAGGGCUGGAUGUGCCUGACGCCGUCCUGCUCCCGGUUCUGGAAGGUCGGCGGCACCACGACGCCGCCAGGGCACCUCAGCUUCAACGCGGCAUUUCUCCGUGCCCGACUCCCACCCGACCCACAGAUCCAGCCUCACUUUGACCUGGUCCCAGACCUGCUGGCGACCCUGUCCGAGGACAAGGGCGACCUGGUCUUCAAACGCAUCGCCUGGAAGGGGAUCGUGUGUCCGCUGUGCUCUCGCUGCAUUGCCCGGCGAUUCUGGCGCGGAUGGAAGUGCGCCGACGAGCUUUUGCAAGAUUUGUCUCAGCAGUCGCAUCGGUGCAGCUUCGAGAGAUACCUCAAAAUCUCGCCGCUCUCGGUCCGGUCCGUAAUUGACGAGUUCGAGAUCCAUCCCGCCAAGCGGGCUCUUUACUUCGACCCGAAGCUGCAGCUCCCGAGCGUCGACGACACAUCCUUAUAUCCGUAUCGAAAGUUGGUAUAUACUCUGCCUGGGGUAGGGUUCGUGACGCAUCUGGUGGCCAACCGGGCGAUCAACACCCGUGCCAACGGGCCGGACGAUCUGUUCAAACGGCUCCAGUCGGUGGACUUGGGGCUCCAGCGGUAUCCGCUGCAACAGAGUGUUGUCCGCGGCACCCUCACUUCCCACUACGCAGUGAACUAUGGCUGCCCAUACAAAUACGUCGUCUCCGUAGCCAGCAAAGGCUUCGCCGAAGCCAGCGACGAGAUCCUCCGGGCGUUCGGCCGCCUAACCUGGGCAACGGAGCAAGCGGUCACUACCGCGGGCGACGCCUUUCUGCCGCCCAACGAGCUCCUCCUUUUGGGGUAUAUGGAGGACAUGAAGAUCGGAUACCACGACGACGGCGAAUCCUCGCUCGGCCCCACGAUCGCAACCCUCUCCCUCGGCGCCCGCGCCACCAUGCUCCUGCGCAUGAAGUACAAGUACUACCACGGGUACACCAAAGCCAAGCGGAUUGUGGACGAGGAUCCGGCUUUAGAUGGGUGCGCACAUGCCCCGGAGCGGAAGGCGCUGAAGCAGGCGCGGGAGGCGGGCGAGAUCACGCGGGAGGAGUACGACGCGCAGCGCCGGGGCCUUCCUGCCGGCGGCAGAAGGGGGGAGGCGCCGCCGUGCCUGCGGAUGGAGCUCAAUCAUGGGGAUUUGGUGGUGAUGCAUGGGGAGGGGGUGCAGCGGUUUUAUGAGCAUUCGGUGAUCCCCGAGAAGAACCUGCGAUUCGCGCUGACGGCGCGGUACAUCAAGCCCGAGUUCGUGCAGGAGGCGGACCGGCAGAAGGGGGUGGUUACGCUGACCGGGGAGCAGGUGUAUGAUGGGAAGUGA